UAUAGUUCCUAGUUCAAUGAUCAAGUCGGACAUGUUUGAUGAUGCACACCCAAUGUCAAAUGUAGCUAAAACUGUCCUCGGAAUUUGUUUUCAUAUCUAGAAAGGUUUCGAGAUGCGCCUCACGCUGCAGCUGUUGAUCUCCCACGGCCGGGUGGCCCGCAGGAUGGGUCUGGGCCCGGAGUCCCGGAUCCACAUGCUGCGGAACAUCUUGACUGGACUCGUCCGACAUGAGAGGAUAGAAACAACAUACGCCCGAGCGGAUGAAGUCCGCUUCUAUGCUGAGAAGCUGAUUGAUUACGCCAAGAAGGGAGACACUGACGAGAAGGCGAUGAAAAUGGCCAGUUUUUGGCUCACGGAAAAGGACCUCGUCCCGAAGCUCUUUAAAGUCCUCGCCCCGCGGUUUGAAACGCAGUCCAACGGCUACACGCGGAUGGCACGCAUUCCUAACCGGGAGAACCUGGACAAGGCCAAGAUGGCCGUCCUGGAGUACAAAGGCAACCCGUUUCCUCCGCUCUACCCAGCGAAGAAAGAGAAUGAACUGACUCUGAUCAACCAGCUGCUCAGAGGCUACAGAGAAGAGAGGGCACGGCGUUAGCAGCAAACCCCUAAAAAGCACCUUCUUGUUGGAUGUGAUGGAUGCUUUUGCUGCAUAAAGACCUUGAUGCAUUUCUUCUCAUGUGUGCCAUCAGAAAUGAACGAGCUGAGUCUGACCAAAUAAAUGUUUAUUCUCGA